CUGGAGAUAACUAUAUAUUUAUUUUUAUACUGCCACGAAAAGCAACUGAACUAUUAAAAAAAAAAGGAAAAAAAAGAAAAAAAAAAAGAUGACAGAAAAUAAGAUUCCAAGUUGGCAGAUUAAUCACUAAUGAUUACUCAUUAGACUUGGACCCAUUUGGCCAAAUAUCCAUUAUCCCUUUUCCUGCGUUAAAACUUUUUUUUUAGUACAGUGGCUGUUUUACUGUUUACCCACUGGAUUUUGAGUAAUUCAAUCAGUGAAUGGCUUCAGCUUCUCUCUCCUGAGAAAUGUGCCCUUUUUCCCCUGAAAAAUCACACUUCCUCCUUCUUCCUUCUUUCUCCUCCUCCUCCCACGACCUAAACCCUAGAUUCACACAGAAGCUCGCCUCAUGGGCUACACCUUCAUCUUUCUCUAAAGGGAUAUAAAACCCUUCAUACUCCACAAAAAAAAAAAAAAAAACCUCAGAACCAGUUAACCCGUCCUUCCCCCGGAAAUGGAUGCACGGCGAGUUCCACGAACGGUGAGUGAUCCUAAGGUGAGGCAAGUCGGGUUUUUCACUCCCGGGGCCCCACCUGACAGGUCCCAGUCUGGCCCACCACAUCUGGUCUCUUCUUCUCCUCCGGUGUCUGAAAUCUCGCCCUCCGGCAACUCUCUCUCGCCGGUAAUGAUACCCCCGCCGCGUCAUCUUUCUUCCGACCUCUCCCGUGUGACUCACAUACCUCUUGCCCCGCUCUCACCUCUCCGCGGCCGAGAUUCUAUUCCCGUUGGGAGCUACAACCCGUCCGAGUUCUCUUCUCCUACUGCCACUGAGUUUUCUGAAGAUGCUCACUCACCUAAAUGGGCGGUUCGCCGGAGCAAUUCCGGGAAAUUCGCUUCUUCGCUUCCUGCGGGUGGAUUUGACAUGUCAACUGUGAAGCAGAAUAACUUCCCAGCUAGUAGUUUGACGACAGUUUCGAUCGUCAAUAUGCCUCCCGGCAUAACAGAAAAAAAUGGUGGAGCUGGUGUUGAAGUGCAGAAGGACAAGGCAGGUUCGAAACCACUGAAAGAGAAGACUACUAAAGCAGAGCGGCGGGCACUUCAAGAAGCUCAGAGAGCCGUCAAGGCUGCUGCUAAAGGUGAUGGUGGUAAGACACCUGCUGCUCCUUCUGGUGUAGCUUCUGCAAAUGCAAAUACUGGUAAGGCUGCUAAGGCCUCUUUACAAAGGAAAGAUAGCUCCCCUGUUCCAGUGGCUGAAAAAAGAUGCAAUGAUCGUCCCGUGGACAAAGACAGAAAGAAGGAUGUUCCACAUCCGCGGAUGCAGUUUGAUGAUAAGAACCGAGUUGAGAAGGCAAAAAAGCGGUCUGUAGUUAAACAGACUGAAGCAAAGAACAUAGUUGAGUUGUUCAGGCAUUUACCUCAAUAUGAACAUGGAACGCGAUUAACUGAACUAGAGUCAAAGCUUUUUCAGCUCGAUCCAGUUCACCCUGCUGUUUACAAGGUUGGUUUAAGGUAUUUAGCUGGUGACAUAUCUGGUGGCAAUGCCCGCUGUAUUGCAAUGCUACAAGCAUUUCGAGAGUCAAUUCAGGACUAUACUACCCCUCCCGAGAAAGUCCUUGUCAGGGACUUGACUGCAAAAAUAAAUUCUUAUGUCUCUUUUCUUAUCCAGUGCCGGCCCCUUUCAAUUAGUAUGGGCAAUGCUAUUAAGUUUCUUAAAACAAAAAUAGCCAAGCUAUCUUUGUCUUUGUCUGAAUCCGAGGCGAAAUCAACCCUAUGCACAGAUAUUGAUAAAUUUAUCAGUGAGAAGAUUAUACUAGCUGAUAAGGUAAUAGUCAAGCAUGCUGUAACAAAGAUUAGGGAUGGCGAUGUUCUUCUUACUUACGGAUCAUCUUCUGCUAUUGAAAUGUUGUUCUUGCAUGCACAUGAGCUAGGCAGAAAAUUCCGUGUUGUGGUAGUUGAUUCACGUCCGAAGCUUGAAGGAAAGCUAUUACUGCGCCGGUUGGUAGGAAAGGGUAUUAGCUGUACAUACACUCACAUAAAUGCUGUUUCUUAUAUCAUGCAUGAAGCAACUAGAGUAUUUCUGGGUGCUUCUUCAGUGUUGUCUAAUGGAACGGUUUACUCAAGGGUUGGGACUGCUUGUGUUGCAAUGGUUGCACAUCAAUUUCGAGUUCCUGUCCUUAUAUGUUGUGAAGCUUAUAAAUUUCAUGAGCGGGUGCAACUCGAUUCAAUUUGCUCUAACGAGCUUGGUACGUAUUUAUGGAUGUCAAGUGAACGUCAUUUACAGACAUUUUUAAAUCUUCUGUACUGGUAUCUCACAGUUGGCUGUACUUCUACAUCUCAGGUGAUCCAGAUGCAAUUGCUAAGGUGCCUGGUAGGAAGGAGAUUAACGCCUUGGAUGACUGUGCUAACAGUGACAACCUGCAACUUUUGAACCUUGUGUUAGUUUUCUUCUUUCUCGAUGGUUCUUUAUUUGGAUUUCUUGGCUUGCACUAAAUGCCCCUUGUUUCUUUGUUUUUAAAAGUUUGUUUUUGCUUCUAUUGGAACAGUUAUGACGCAACACCAUCAGAUUAUGUUUCAAUGAUCAUCACAGAUUAUGGCAUGGUAAGUACUAAUCUUGCUCUUUGGUAAGAAAUGAUUAUUAUCACUACUAUAAAUGCUGACAUUGCCUAUAGCUUUUGAGUUUAUUUUGUAUGUGCCAGAGCCACUGUUCUGGUGCAAACCCCUCCCUCCCUCCCUGUACCAAAUCCCACUAGAAAUGGGGGGAACAACCUGUCUAAUUUUUCCCUUCUGGUCUACUGUAUAUCAUAUAUGAUGAGUUUCAUUAAUAUGUUAUCUUCAGAUUCCUCCCACUAGUGUUCCUGUUAUUGUUCGUGAAUACCGCCAGGAGCAUCUAUGGACUUAGUUGAGCAUAAGGAAAGCUACAUGUGAAGUUGAAGUUUUGAGCGUAAUUCUCUCAAAGUCGAGAGAAUUACACAUUUAGCUGUACCGGAUUUAGUUUACACUUGAUUCCCUUUAUUGAAUAAUGAGUUUUGCAUUACAUGUAUUUACAUUUUGGGUUCUUUGUAAUUUUUUUACCUGACUCUGUGAAGAGUGUGUAUUAUCCCGCCUCUCCGAGCAGUUUUUGGAAUAUAUUGGUAAUGGUAGAAAAUUUUUGUCCAAGGACAAACGUGCAUUGGUCCUGUUUUUGCCAUGAGAAAUCAACAAUCUCUUUUG